GUUCUUUCCGGUUUUGUGCCCUCUCGUAGCCAUCAUGAAGGUCGAGUUGUGCAGUUUCAGCGGGUAUAAAAUAUACCCCGGCCAUGGCCGCCGAUACGCCAGGAUAGACGGAAAGGUGUUCCAAUUUUUGAAUGCCAAGUGCGAGUCCGCCUUCCUGGCCAAGAGGAAUCCUAGACAGAUCAACUGGACUGUGCUUUACAGACGCAAGCACAAGAAGGGCCAGUCUGAAGAGGUGACAAAGAAGCGUACCCGCCGCGCAGUUAAGUUCCAGAGGGCCAUCACUGGGGCCUCCCUGGCUGAGAUCAUGGCCAAGAGGAACCAGAAGCCAGAGGUCCGCAAAGCCCAGAGAGAGCAGGCCAUCAGGGCUGCCAAGGAGGCCAAGAAGGCAAAGCAGGCGGCCAAGAAGCCCGCUGCUCCCAGUGCAAAGACCGCUGCCAAGACUGCGCAGAAACCCAAGGUCGCCAAGCCUGUGAAGAUGGCUGCACCCCGUGUUGGUGGAAAACGCUAAACCUGGCUUCUUGUUUAUGGGUGUGAAUAAAAUUUUGUUAAACCAGAAA